UCAAAGAGAAAGAGAAAGAGAAAGAGAAAGACAAGGGGAAAAAGGAAAAAAGGAAGAUUUCUUCAACGAGUGAGUCUUGUGAUUGUAUCACCAACACCAAUACCAAUACCAACGCCAAAACCAACAAAUGGAAUCGUUUUUCUUAACCGAAACCUUUCCCCACAACUAUUACACCUCCACCACCAUCACUUCUCCCCAUCUACUAUUAUUAUGCUCCCAUUCUUCUCUCUCUUCUUUUUUUACAUCUAAUUUCCAGGAAUAUGUUUGGAGAAGGUAGCAGUGGCAACGGUUUAUUUCCGGCUUCAUUAGAGGGGAAUCGUUUCCAGUAUGAUAUGACUGCAUUGCCUCAGCUGCAACUGUUUGGGGAUGUCACCGUUGGAUGUAGUGGCUACCCGAUAAGCCACAAUGUCAAUGAUCACCCAUCUGCUGCGCUUCGCCCUACCAAAAGAGCCCGGGAUAUUGAACCCAACUAUAGCCAGCAAAAGCUUCAGAUAUCCUUGAAUAACAACUUUGGUCAGAAUGAAGUGGAUCAAGCUGGAAGUAUUUUGAAUCCAAUUACUGUAUCAACUGGUCUUAGACUUUCUUAUGAGGAAAAAGAACGCAAUUCAUCAGUCACUUCUGCUCCUGAAAACACGAAAGCAGCCCUCCCUGCUCGUCUACCAAUAGACAGUGGUUUUAAAUAUGAGAUUGACAGGCAAAGGGAAGAAUUUGAUCACUACAUGAAAGUGCAGGAAGAUAAUAUGAUGAAGGGCAUGAGGGAGUUGGUUCAUCGACAGACAGCAUCUUUACUGAAUUCCUUGCAAAAAGAAGUUAGCAGGAAGUUAUAUGAGAAAGAUGUUGAAAUAGACAAUAUGAACCGCAAGAACAGGGAGCUUGGGGAGAGAAUUAGGCAGAUCACUGUAGAAGCUCAGUCAUGGCAUUACAGAGCAAAGUACAACGAGUCUGUUGUUAAUGCCCUGAAAAGCAAUAUUCAGCAGGCUAUGGCCCAUGGUUCCAUGCAAGCUAAGGAAGGCUGUGGAGAUAGUGAAGUAAAUGAUGCUGCCUCAAGUACAAACUACCAUCUGGCAAGUGGUUCACAUGACCAAGUAGCCAAUAUACAUCAACUAAAAUGCUGCAGAGCUUGCAAGAGUAAAGAAGCCAAUGUCUUGUUAGUUCCAUGCAGGCACUUGUGUCUUUGUAAAGAAUGUGAAGUGUUUAUUGAUAGUUGCCCAGUAUGCCAGGUAAUGAAGACUGCAAGUGUUCAAGUUUACAUGUCAUGAAAGACGUACGUAUAUACGAACACUUGCACUCAUCAUAAUCUCUUGUGUUUUGAAGAAGAAAUGUUUAAAUUAUGUGAUGUUACAUAAUCAUGAACUGUGGAUGCCUUAACUAUAUGAAAAUACAGAUCAGCUGAUACAAGGAUGAUCUUUUAACUGGCUUGCA